GUUCAAUCAACUCUUUUACCAUUCAAUGCAACUCCCUACUCUGCGAUCUUUACGUGCAUUAACAUGCAUGCCGCCUGGUGCUCAGCCUCAUCACAGCCACGCCUCUCAAUCAACUUGAACUCUCUGGCUCACUUGAAUUCAUUUUGCUGCCAACUUCCCAACUGCUUCUCACUUCAGAGCCAAUUUAACCCCUUGAGGCGGAGCGAGCAUCACUACCAUGGACUUAGAAACGAGAAACGAACGUUACGUCUACGAGGCUUUAUCGUAUGAAACACGUCACCACCCCAUCAGGCUGCUUAAGGUCCUUCAAGGUGAAAAGGGCAACCGGAUCUGUUGCGAGCUAUUCCACACACAUUUGACCACUUUCGAAAAGCCAAGCGAGGAUUCGGACUGUUUUGGUUUGGCUGCUUUCGAGGGGUAUAACGAGGACUUCGAAGGAGAUCCAAGAUAUACCGCCUUAUCGUACGUCUGGGGAGAUCAUACAGAUAGAGUUACGAUACAAGUUUGCGGGAAAGAGCUUUCAGUCACCAAGAAUCUCUUCAAAUUCCUAGAAUGCCACCGAGAUACGUUUCUUAGGAAUAGAAGCACGGAACCACUUUUUUGGAUCGACGCAAUUUGUAUCGACCAAUCGAAUAUUGGAGAACGGAGCAGACAGGUCGAGUCUAUGGCCGAAGUCUACAAAAAGGCUCAGAAUGUUCUUAUUUGGCUUGGCGAGGAGAAUGGAGAUACUUCAAUAGCAUUCGAGACUGCGCAGAAGUGGAACGAGGACUACCAGGCCACCGAACAAGAGCGCCAAGCCUGUUCCAAGACCUUCGAGGGAGGUUGGUGGGACAGGCUAUGGGUGGUGCAGGAAGCCGUCCAUGCUCGAAGUUUAUUGAUGAGGUGUGGAACGCUCGAACUCAGGUGGGAGUCGUUCAACGAGGAAGUUGAAUGGUCAUUAGAGCUAUUUUUGAAGAUUUGGGAGAUGAUUGAGUGUCGAAGAGAUUUUCAAAACAACAAACAUGACGCAACCUGGGUGCUAGACAAUUUUGGAGACCGGAAGUAUUAUGAUCCAAGAGAUAUCAUCUUCGCCACACGGUCAAUUGUCCCAGCGUUGGUGUCUGUGGUUCCUGACUAUUCCCUUUGCACAGCAGAUGUUUUCAUAUCUGCAACUAGAGCAAUAAUUUCCCACGAAAAAAGUCUGGACGUGUUACUCCAUACAAGCAGGAAAACACGCUGGGGUUUGCUUGAAACAAGGCCGACGCCAUCGUGGGUGCCGGACUGGACAGUGGAAGACUAUGGAUUUUUGGAGUAUCGUCCGCCCCUCGAAUUUAAAGACGACGAUCGCAUCGAUGAUGUCUUAAGUCAUGAGGACCCUAGUAUACUCCUUCUGAAAGGGGUUGCUGUUGAUCAAAUUUUUUGUACAACAGCACCUCUCCGAAGCGUAUAUUGGGAAGAACAAAGUGCACCAGAAGUAGACGAAAUAAAACAGCUCCAGAAUUGGUUUCCCGAAUGUGACAAAAAGUUUGUUGCACGCAAUACACGGCCGAAUUUAAACCUGAACAACAUCGUCAACAAUUGGCUUCAGCGACGAGGCAAGACUACGACAGCUUUUCGUACAAUAAAGUCCCUUGUAGAGAGAAUGAACCAACUAUGGCAUCUGGAAGGAUACUCCUUCAUCACAACUCAGAACGGUCGCCAUGGGUUUGUACUCGGGGAAGCCAAAGAAGGUGACUUGGUUUUUGUUGCUUAUGGCUCGGGCUACCCUCUCGUACUCCGGCAGGAGGAUACAGAUGAAAGCUCAUAUCGUUUGAUUGGAUGUGCAAUAAUUGACGAGCUCAUGGAUGGGGAGGCAUUUGAGAUGGUGAAAGUUGGAACGCUGGAUGAGCAGACGAUUCUACUUAGAUGAUCAUGAUCUCCUUCUGAAUCUCCUCCAAAAUCAUGGGAAGAACUAAACCCCAAAUACAACGCGGACCAAUACCUGAAAAGUCGAACUUUCGAGCUUUACAGUUGUGCGAGAAUUAUCCAACGUGUGGCAGAAGUGAACAACGUCUCCCUGAUUGUCGCCAUCAAGUUAGGGAUCCGGUAUUCGACGCAAGAGCCCGUAGUUCAGGAUGACUCCCUGGGUUGAGCUGGAGAAAGAUAUCAUAA